AUCCAUGAAACAAACAAUAAUGUUUAUCAAAUCUAUAAUGAAUUCGAAAGUCUCAUAUAUCCAUGAUUUUUCAAUUACAUUAACCGCCAAACCUAAACAAAUGCAUUCAAUUAAAAUCGAUUAAUAAGUGUUGGAUGAUGAUAUGAUGGAUAUCAUCUUCUUUAAUUUGUGAUAGAUAUGAUGGACAAAUAUGAAUAUUUUUUAUGUUGACCAACAAAAUUUGGAUGGGUAGCUUGCAAAUCACCAAAUAGAUUCACUCGCUUGUUUGUUUGAAUGGAGAAACGGAACCGUCAUUGACAAAAAUGGAAAGUGGGAGGCCAGGGUGGGAAAACUCACUGACCUCAAAGGAAAAUUAAAACAAAGAAGACGACACACAUUCUGCAUGCAUGAUCAUCAGUCAGUUACCUACACGUUCGUACGUUGAAACUGAAGCGUGAAACAAGGGAAGAUGGAGAAAAUGGUCUCUCAUUUUCCGCAGUUUUGGGAAAGCAGCGGCGCACAAUUUAAGACCCAAAAAAAAAAUUGACAUGAGAUGAGAUGAGCAGCAAAUUAAAUUAAACUAACGAUAACCAGCCAUUCUCGAUAAUGCCUGCCUCCCUAAUUCCUCUUCACCACUCACCUUCUUCCCCACCUCCAUUCCUCACUCACUCCCCACAUAAUAAUAAUAAUCCCAUCCAUCAUUCAUCCCUUCCAAGCCAUACCUCUUUCCCUCUCAUCUAUUGCAAACAACGUAACUAGAUAGAUCCAUAUUGUUAACUCAGUUUGUACCCUAGAGCAGUUAAUUAGAAUUCAAGUUGAAGCCCCGAAAAAGCUAAUUAAGCAAAAAUGGUUGACACCAUGUUCGUUCGUACCAUCGUCGGCAUUAUUGGAAAUGUCAUCUCCUUCUUCCUGUUUCUAUCCCCAGUGCCGACCUUCGUGAAGAUAUUCAAACAGAAAACGGUGCAGGACUUCAAGGCGGAUCCGUACGUGACGACGCUGCUGAAUUGCGCGAUGUGGAGUUUGUACGGGAUGCCGUUCGUGAAACCGGACAGCCUCCUCGUCAUCACCAUCAACGGCUUCGGUUUCUUCCUCGAGUUGUUCUACGUAGCCUUCUUCUUCUUCUUCUCGCCCUGGGAUAAGCGAAGGAAGCUGAUCAUAACGUUGCUGAUAGAGGCGGUCUUCUUCAUCGGGGUGUUACUAAUCACACUGCUAGCUUUCCAUGCUCCCCCAAAGAGGGCUAUGUUCGUCGGCCUUCUCUGUAUCAUCUUCAACAUUCUUAUGUACGCCGCUCCCUUGACCGUCAUGAAAAUGGUAAUCAAGACAAAGAGCGUCAAGUACAUGCCUUUCUUCCUUUCCCUCGCUGGUUUUUGCAAUGGAAUCGUUUGGACCCUCUAUGCUCUCCUCAAGUUCGACAUUAACAUUCUGAUACCUAAUGGUCUGGGAUCGCUGUCCGCACUGGUGCAACUAAUACUGUACGCAAUUUACUACAGAACGACGAAUUGGGACGAGGACGACGACGACCAACCACCUCGUGGCAGCCAUCAAGAUGAAUUCUCGGAGAUUCAACUCUCCAGUAAGGUUUAGGACAAACUAUUCGCCCCAUCAAAACCAAAUUCAUAAUAAUGUGGGAUCUUCUUCUUCCCCAUGGGAGCAUUUUUGUUUUCCAGCAAUACCUUCUUUGUUUAUCGUUUCUACAUUGUUUCUCUUUUGGGUUUCUCCCUCUCUUUUGUUUGCUUUUGUUAAAUUUGGAAAAAAGAUUAAAGAAAAUGAAAAAAACAGGGGAAAGACACAGACAGACACUUACAACCAAGCUAUGCAGAGUGAAAGAAGAAAUUGCAGCAGAAAAAGAAGAAAAAAAUGGAAUGAUCAUCGGGUCGGGUCAGAAGAUUAUAUGUUAUUAAUUUUGGUUUUUUGUUUUGUUUUGUAGUUAAGAUGAGUUUUAGGGGGGCUUAGCUAACAAAUAAAAAAAAAUGACACCAUUAACUUCCGUUGUACUGUCACAACUCACAAUGCAAAAAGUAAGAGAGAUAAGGCAGCGUUGUUAGUACUACUACUGUCUCGCUUGUUUUGUAAUUUACUAACAUGUUCAAAGUAAAUGGAAACCCAAAAAAGUGCUCAUUUUUCCCCCCUUCUAAAUGUCUUCCGUCAAACUACUUCAGGCCGCAUUAAAGUAUUAUCCCAAAUUACACAAAUCGAUACAACAGAAAAUCGUUCUUUAGAUGCUAAGUCCAGAGGCAAACUUCUACAACAAUAUUUAAUCAACUACACAACUCAAU